CCGGACUCCAUUAGGCUGCAGCUGGGCUGUGAGGAGACAAACCCAGCGGGCAGCGAGCGGAGCGCUGCGGGCCGGGUGCCUGGGGCUGCCGGGCGGGGGCUCAGGGCAGCGGCGGCCGCCAUCGCCAGAGGGAGCCCCGAGCGGGCGGCGGCGCUGCCUCCGGGACCCCCGGGGGGCACAGGGCCCCGCUCCGCCUCCCCUCACCCCCGCCGCCUCCCCCUCCUCGCCCCCCCGGCUUCCCACCACGGCCGCUCUCGGCGAGGAAACUCUGGCCUCCGCUUCCUCCUCCUCCGACUCGGACACCGGCGGAGCCUCCCCGCCCCCGCGGAAGAAAGCCCGGGCCUCUCCGGCGGUGGCGGUGGAGGGAGCAGGAGAGCCCGGGGCUUCCGCGGGCAGAGCAGGCCUCACCUCAUCCCAGUCCCCCGCGCUCCCCGCCGGGCUCGGCCCCGCCGCCGCCCCGCUCAGAGGUAGCAGCAGCAGCAGCGGCGUCGGCAGCGCCAUGCAGGCCAACGGGGCAGGAGGGGGCCAACAGCAGCAGCAGCCGCCGCAGGGGCCGGCGGGCCCGGAGCUGGGCUGCCUGGGCGCCCAGAACGGCGAGGCCUCGGCGGGCACGGCCGCUAGCGACCAGCUGGCCCACGCCAACGGGCUGCUGCCCUCGGCCAACAGCGGCGGCGGCAGCCCCGGCGGCCUCAGUGUCAACAACGGGGUGCCCGCCGCCGGGGGCCCCGGCCCGGCCGCCGCGGAGCUGGGGUGUAGCGGCGGCAGUGGUGGUAGUGCCCUGAAGAAGAAGAAGCGGCUCUCGCAGUCCGACGAGGACGUUAUCCGGCUGAUCGGGCAGCACCUCCACGGUCUGGGCCUCAACCAGACUGUUGAUCUUCUCAUGCAAGAGUCAGGAUGUCGUUUAGAACAUCCUUCUGCUACCAAAUUCCGCAAUCAUGUCAUGGAAGGAGAAUGGGAUAAGGCUGAGAACGACCUGAAUGAACUUAAGGCCUUAGUGCAUUCUCCGCAUGCAAUUGUGAGGAUGAAGUUUUUGCUGCUGCAGCAGAAGUACCUGGAAUACCUGGAGGAUGGCAAGGUCCUGGAGGCACUUCAAGUUCUACGCUGUGAACUGACGCCUCUGAAGUAUAAUACAGAACGCAUUCAUGUCCUCAGUGGGUAUCUGAUGUGUAGCCAUGCAGAAGACUUGCGUGCAAAAGCAGAGUGGGAAGGGAAAGGAACAGCUUCCAGAUCUAAACUUUUGGACAAGCUCCAGACAUACCUACCCCCAUCAGUGAUGCUUCCUCCAAGGCGUUUACAGAACCUGCUACGCCAGGCUGUGGAACUACAACGGGACCGGUGCCUAUAUCAUAAUACGAAACUAGAUAGUAAUCUAGAUUCUGUCUCGCUGCUAAUAGACCAUGUUUGUAGUAGGGGUCUGAGAUCAGUAUGUGGUGCGCUGUACAUGCUGCCAUGCUUGGGCAUAAUGAGGAAACAGUUCCCAUGCUAUACACAGCAGAUACUAACGGAGCACUGUAAUGAAGUGUGGUUCUGUAAAUUCUCCAAUGAUGGCACUAAACUAGCAACAGGAUCUAAGGACACAACUGUUAUUAUAUGGCAGGUUGAUCCAGAUACUCACCAGCUAAAACUACUUAAGACAUUAGAAGGUCAUGCAUAUGGUGUCUCUUAUAUUGCUUGGAGUCCAGAUGACAACUAUCUUGUUGCCUGUGGCCCAGAUGAUUGUUCUGAGCUUUGGCUCUGGAAUGUACAAACUGGGGAGCUGAGGACGAAGAUGAGCCAAUCUCAUGAAGACAGUUUAACAAGCGUGGCCUGGAAUCCUGAUGGGAAGCGUUUUGUAACAGGUGGUCAGCGUGGACAGUUCUAUCAGUGUGAUUUAGAUGGUAAUCUCCUUGACUCCUGGGAAGGGGUGAGAGUACAAUGCCUUUGGUGCUUGAGUGAUGGGAAAACUGUUCUAGCAUCAGAUACACACCAGCGGAUUCGGGGUUAUAACUUUGAGGAUCUUACAGACAGGAACAUAGUACAAGAAGAUCACCCUAUUAUGUCGUUUACUAUUUCAAAAAAUGGACGUUUAGCUUUGUUAAAUGUAGCAACUCAGGGAGUUCACUUAUGGGACUUACAAGACAGAGUUUUAGUGAGAAAGUAUCAAGGUGUUACACAAGGGUUUUACACAAUUCACUCGUGUUUUGGAGGUCAUAAUGAAGACUUCAUCGCAAGUGGUAGUGAAGAUCACAAAGUAUAUAUUUGGCACAAGCGUAGUGAGCUGCCAAUUGCGGAGCUGACGGGACACACGCGUACUGUUAACUGUGUGAGCUGGAACCCGCAGAUCCCAUCCAUGAUGGCCAGCGCCUCCGAUGAUGGCACUGUUAGAAUAUGGGGACCAGCACCUUUCGUAGACAACCAGGAUAUUGAAGAGGAAUGCAGUAGCAUGGAUAGUUGAUGGCGAAUUUGGAGCAGACGACUUCAGUUUAACUUAAUUAGUCGUAUUUUAAAUGGCUUGGGAUUUGGUGCAAACAAACAUGAUUGAUAGCUGGACAGACAUGCUCGUCAUGAAAAAGAACCAUUUCUGAAGCCCAGUUGGGGCCAAACAUUUACCACCUUGCUUCAUAGUAACCAGUCGAGAUGAAGCACGUCGUUAGAACGUUGUUGGACACCGUGUUGAAAUUACCCCCCCAUCGGUUGUGAAGAACUGUGCUACAUUCAGGCUAACCAUUGAACUCAGUAUAUAUAUUUUUCCCUCCUGCCUUUUUGUCUGGCAGGCUACUGUUCUUGUUGCUCUUCUGUGUAAUGAAGUUUAAAUGCUUGUUUGGAACACUUUAUUUAACAGUUUAGAAGGCUUGAUAGAAAGAGUGCUUUAGUCUGAAGAGUAUACAUUGGAUAGGAAAGUAUUUCCUUCUCUUGUUUCUCAAGUUUCUCUCCGCCUUACUUAGCUUGAGAUCUUUGCAGCUUGGUUCAUGGAUUCUAGCCUUGCCCGUUGCGCAGUAUAUAUCAAUUGAGAUGAUGAUAAACCAAUGAACUAUGUCAAAAGCACUCUCAGUAUCACAUUUGACAAAAAGUUUUGUACUUUUCACAUAGCUCGUUGCCCUGCAAAGGGGUUAACAGCACAAUUUUUUAAAAAUAAAUUAUUUAUAGGAUUAAAAUGACUUCAUUUGUAUACAUUUGGAAUUAAAACAAUGCAAGAAGUGUUGUGAAACACGGUAUCACCGAUGCUUUUCCGGAGUGUCUUGAGACCCAAUCAGAAGCAGUGGCUGGAAGGAGCUUUAUCUAGGCAGUGAAGCUUGUUUUAGAAGGAAGAACUCACUGUCCAUCGUAGCAGAUAAAAUGUAUUAUUUAGGAAAAAAGUGUUCAGAGUGCACCACCAGACUGAGUUUAAACAAAACAAGGUCUUUCAGGCUUCUUUUUAAUGACAUAAAUGUAUGCAACAAUGCUGGUGUAAAAGGUAGACUACGCCUCGAGGGAAGAAUGUGUUGAAAAAGUAACAUACAAAUCAUAAUUAAACACUUGUAUUAUGAUGGAAAUUUUUCUUUAUUUGAUAAACAAAGGUGUAUAGAUUUUCUUUGAGAAUAUACUUUUAAGUUUGCAGAUGGAAAUGCCUCUCCCAGACUUUGUUGCAAGCAGGUGCUGUGAACACCUUGACACACCUAGGAGGAUAGUUCCACUAAUAGCCCGUGUUAAGAGGAAGACAUUUAUAAUUUAAGUAUUUAUUCUUUUGGACACAAACAGGUGGCCUGGCAUCUCUUGUGUUUCUGCAAAUCGAUCAUGGGGUGGCACGGUGUUCCCUUUUGCUACCUUGGGUGGAAGGGGAGUAGUGUUGGCACUGCUGUGAAGUGAUGAGAGAGCAGGGAAAGGCUUGCCACUGAGAACUGAUGCGAACAGAAGUGUGGGCUUCAUCCUUAAAUGAGAUAAUGACCUAAUGUCCUUAUUAGUCACGUGUGGAAAAAGGGUGGGGGGAGGUUGGACAGUUCCUGGAAAGAGAAGUGUAGCCUCUUUGAUGAAUGGGAAUGUGGUGUUUAACAUGAAUAGUUCUGCUUUUCUUUCCCAGAAAAACAAAGUGGAACUUAGCAGGUUAGUUCGGUUUGGUUUUUAGAUUCCAGCCAUCAGCUGGUGGCAGUUUUUUCUUGUCUUGUGUGUAUACUUAAACAUGAUUUAAGGUUGUGAUAGUUUGGUUGAGACCAGCCCUGAAUCUGACAUACUUCAAAAUCAAGUAGGAACUUAACCUUCCUGUCUUCAGUCUAAUACAUGUCUUUAAAAUUAAGGUGAAUUUCUUUGAUAGCAAUUACUGUUCCACAGUAGCGGGAGUAUGUGUGUAAACGUAAGACUACAAAUCAGUUCCUACUUCCACUAGCUGGUUCUAGAGAAGCUGUUUGUUUCUCUUUGUAGUUCAGACAGUGUAGGAUUUACCAAUAGUCUUCCUGCAGCAUCAGUGUUGCCGGAAAAUGGACGGCUUCCUAAGGUCGAAUUCAAGUGAGCUAAUAGACCUUUGGGUUUUGAAUAAAAACUGAGUACUUAAACAGUG